CAUCGAGCUUCUCGGAACGGGGGAGUGUAAAAAGUGUAACACGCUGAGCUAAAAGCAACAAUGUGAAAAGAAGGUUCUUCAACAGUGAAGUGGGAGGUUAAAGCAGGGAUGGCGACUCGCCGUGUGCCACUAGUCCUGCUGGCCUGCGGCUCCUUUAAUCCCAUCACCAACCAGCACAUGAGACUGUUUGAACUGGCCAGAGACCACAUGCACAGCACAGGCCAGUACCAGGUGGUGGGUGGCAUCGUGUCUCCAGUGAGUGACGGUUAUGGAAAGCAAGGCCUGGUACUGGCUAAGCACAGAAUCGCUAUGGCUAAGUUGGCGCUGCAGAGCUCAAACUGGGUCACAGUUGAUGAAUGGGAGAGCCAACAGCCAGACUGGACAGAGACUGUGGUGACCAUGAGGUAUCAUUACGGGCGUAUUCUGAAGGAGUAUGAAGGGCAUGUUGAACAAGACGACUUCAAUGGAAAUUCUAUUUCCCUCCCAAGCCCCCGCCCCCAGCUGAAGCUCCUCUGCGGAGCUGAUUUCCUCGACACCUUCAAGAUCCCCGGCCUGUGGCAGGACGACCAUGUGGAGGAGGUGGCUGGACGUUUCGGUCUCGUCUGUGUUAGUCGAGGGGGUCUUCAACCCGAGCGAGCCGUGCACGAGUCAGACACCCUUUCUCGCCACAGUCAAAACAUUUUCCUGGUGAGGGAGUGGGUGAGGAAUGAAACGAGCGCUACCGAGGUCCGGCGAGCUCUUAGACGUGGUGUGAGCGUGAAGUACCUGAUCCCAGAUUCUGUGAUAGAUUAUAUUCACCAGCACAACCUCUACACGGAGGACAGCGAGAGGACAAACGAGGGCAUGGUGCUGAGGCCGCUCGCCAAACAGGCACAACAGCCUGUGAAGAGUCUGGAUGACUAUGUAAAUGUAGCCAUCAGAAAAAUCGCCAACUUGCUGAAGCCUGACAAGGAAAUCGUCCAUGAUGGGGACCACAUUAUCAUCAAAACCCUCAGCACUUUCAAAAACUACAACAUGGACUUUCACGUGGGCAAGGAGUUUGAGGAGGAUCUUUCCGGAGUGGAUGACAGGAAAUGCAUGGUGGGUAUUUGGACUGAGACCACAAUCACCUGGGAGGGAGACAAGCUGGUGUGUGUGCAGAAGGGAGAGAUUGAAGGUAGAGGCUGGACCCACUGGGUGGACGGAGAUGAGCUUCAUCUGGAGCUGAGAGCUGCAGGGACUGUUAGCCAUCAGGUCUUCAAGAACCAUAAACUCACUUAUCAAUCCUUUCCUGCCCUCAUGCCCCAUGACUCAUUUAAAAGCAGGACCAUUCCUUGCAUCGUCCCCCUACUGGCACUUUUUAAAAGUCUACACACAGCAGUGUCACCAGCUUCCAGUAUGCCUGCAGACUUCAAUGGGAGGUGGAUACUCGAGACCAGUGACAAGUUUGAGGAUUAUUUGAAAGUCCUGAAUAUCGACUUUGCUACGAGGAAAAUUGCCAUUUCCCUAUCUCAGACCAAAGUAGUCACUCAAAAUGGAGACAAGUUUGACUUCAAAACACUGAGCACCUUAAGGAAUUACGAGCUCUCCUUCACCGUAGGGGCCGAAUUUGAUGAGUACACCAAGGGACUGGACAACAGAAAUAUCAAGAGUCUGGUGACCUGGGAGGGGGACAAGCUGGUGUGCACGCAGAAAGGAGAAAAGGCAAACCGUGGAUGGAAACACUGGAUCGAGGAUGGCAAACUUUGCCUGGAGCUGACGUGUGAAGAUGUAAUUUGUCUUCAAGUGUUCAAAAGAAAAGACUGAACGCAUAUUUCUGUUUUCAUUUACUUGGUUAAAAAGGUUUUUGUUUUAUCCCAAAUAAUAUGUCUUCCUUAAUGUAUGAACCAGAUGAAAAAAAAAUAAAGGUGCUUUUCAGAUAA